AUGGCAGAAGAGCUGAGCGGGUUGAUUUGUGUGAAAUGUCCAAAACCCGCCGAAUACACCGGAGUUGACCCGAAAAAAGCGUGGUAUUGUCGAGAAUGUUUCAUUCAAAUGGUGAGGAAUAAAUUUCGCUCAUCGAUUAGUAAAAAACGGAUAUUCAAUGAUGAGAAUGCGAGAGAUUGUCUGAUUGUUUUGGAAGGAACUCCGGCUUCCACAUUUCUCUUGAAUCAAAUUGAUGAUGCGUUGCGGCAGGUGAAUUUCAAGCGACUGAUGAUCAGACCAAAGGUAAGAGUUUUGGGGGAAUAUUUACAUAUUCAUUAA